UCAUGCUGCCCGAGCUUGUUUCCGUCGACAGAGCGAGUUCGUUGAGGGGCCAACAGGGCUGUCGCGUCAGGUACACGCUCCAUCGUCUCGGGAGGAGGGCACCGCGGUGGACACGAAUGCUAUAUUCGCGCUGGAGGCAGCGGGACACUCAUGUCAGCCACGUCGGCAUCACGCAACCCAUUGUACGCACCUUGAAUUGUGCGGGGGUUCUAGUGGACAUGCAGGUCGAUACAGGGUCACCGGUGUCGGUCAUCACGUGGCCCACCUAUGAGCACAACAAAACAAUGUGGCCCAAGCUGCGUGGUUCGCCAUUGAAACUGACUUGCUUCCUGGGAAGGCUUCCCGUGCGUGGACAACUCAAGCUGAAUGUUUUGUGCGGAAACCGGUCGACGGAAGGAUCCCUGACAGUCCUCGGUUGCUCUGGCCCCAACCUGUGCGGGCGUUCCGAUCCAGGCGUUCCACAUGCUCGAGGCGCCAGUCAUGAACGUGAGUGCGACAGAUAGGGCUGUACCGGUCAUGGCCGCCGCCCGAAUCCAGCAAUGGGCCCUGAAGCUGAGUGCAAAGUAUACGUCAUCAAACAGCAGCCGGGGAAGGACAACGUUACCGCAGAUGCCCUCAGCCGACUCCCGACAUCCGCAACGUCUCAGUCAGAGAUCAAUAAUCAAUCAAUCAAUCAUUUUAUUCAUGUAUCAGUGUACAUGGAGGGGUGAAAAGAAAAAGCUGCCGAUAAGGCAGCUUGACGGGUUCUCACCCCCGAAACGUUUGAGCAGCAACCGUUUACAGCAAGCACAAAAAGGUAACAAAACAAAUAAUGCAUGUACAAGUAUUUCGCUCAGCUAGUACAGGUAUAAUAUAAAUGUAAAGUA